CAUAUCAAAGUGACAGCACUGUGGUGGUGUACUGUCAACAUUGUUUUUGGAUGCAUAUGUUUAUCAACAUCACUACAUACGUGAUCGACGCGCCGGAAAGUAUGGAAACAACUCCGAAGAAAAAUGCAACCAAAAUUAAAAGAAAUUUCAACGAAACAUCAGCCGAUUCCAGAUUCGUUUCUAGGCCACAGAACUUAAAAUUAGUGUUCAGUGCAUUUCAAAAAUAUGGUGCUCAAAACCCAGAAGAAAUCAAGAAGGUACUGCAACACCUGCCACUAUCGCCUUGUCUGGAAGAAUAUGUGAACGAUUUUGCCGCCAUGAGUGAGGAGCGAGUGCUGGCCAAGUUGCAAAACAGUCCCGAAUUUGCGCAGUGUGCAUCAUGGAGCGAGAUUCUGGACUCGGUCGGAUUCCGUGAGACAUGCAAUAAUGAGAUCCCGUUAGCAUUGCGUACCAUCGCGUACACCGAAAAGUUUCCCAAACCGGAAAACGCAAACGGUGUUGAUUUCCAGCUCCUGUACUUGAACCUGGCGAGUAUGAUGAUGGGACAACCGAUAAAGCUAAUGAACCAAAACACGCAGAAUGUACUGAAACAGGUGUAUGAGGAAACCGUUUUACAAACAUCACAGUCGGAUCAAAAGGAAGAAAUUGCCAUACUGCACGAAACACUAAAAGCGAUGCGGAAUCCGGUACAUUCUGAUGAUGAUUCGAGAAUUAUGACCGAUUUGAGGCUAUUCUUUGCCGACCCCAACAUAAAUCCGUUUCGACUGCCAAUCGAUAGGAUUUGUUCCAAUCAUCCGUAAGUGUAUGCUUAAAUGUGUGUCCCAUUGUGAUUCUUUCCAUUAAAUAAACACUCGUCUACCAAUUGCAA